AUGCCAGUACACACCAGUACACACCAGUACGCACCAGUACACACCAGUACACACCAGUACACGCCAGUACACACCAGUACACACCAGUACACACCAGUACACACCAGUACGCACCAGUACACACCAGUACGCACCAGUACACACCAGUACGCACCAGUACGCACCAGUACACACCAGUAUGCACCAGUACACACCAGUACACACCGGUACACACCAGUACACACCAGUACGCACCAGUACGCACCAGUACACACCAGUAUGCACCAGUACACACCAGUACACACCGGUACACACCAGUACACACCGGUACACACAGGUACGCACCAGUACACGCCAGUACACACCAGUACGCACCAGUACACACCAGUACACACCAGUAUGCACCAGUACACACCAGUAUGCACCAGUACACACCAGUACACACCAGUACACACCAGUAUGCACCAGUACACACCAGUACACACCAGUACACACCAGUACGCACCAGUACACACCAGUAUGCACCAGUACACACCAGUAUGCACCAGUACACACCAGUACACACCAGUACGCACCAGUACGCACCAGUACGUACCAGUACACACCAGUAUGCACCAGUACACACCAGUACACACCGGUACACACCAGUACACACCAGUACGCACCAGUACGCACCAGUACACACCAGUAUGCACCAGUACACACCAGUACACACCGGUACACACCAGUACACACCGGUACACACAGGUACGCACCAGUACACGCCAGUACACACCAGUACGCACCAGUACACACCAGUACACACCAGUAUGCACCAGUACACACCAGUAUGCACCAGUACACACCAGUACACACCAGUACACACCAGUAUGCACCAGUACACACCAGUACACACCAGUACGCACCAGUACACACCAGUAUGCACCAGUACACACCAGUAUGCACCAGUACACACCAGUACACACCAGUACGCACCAGUACGUAUCAGUACGCUCCAGUACACGCCAGUACACGCCAGUACGCGCCAGUACGCACCAGUACGCACCAGUACGCACCAGUACACACCAGUACGCACAUGUACGCACCAGUACACACCAGUACACACAGCCUCCCCGGUUCAAGCCCCGGGCACCAGGCCCCGGGCACCACCAGGCCCCGGGCACCAGGCCCCGGGCACCAGGCCCCGGGCACCAGGCCCCGGGUACCAGGCCCCGGGCACCAGGCCCCGGGCACCAGGCCCCGGGCACCAGAGGCCCCAUGCAUCCCUUUUGCUCGCAGUACAAGGCCCAGGCUCGCAGUACAAGGCCCAGGCUCGCAGUACAAGGCCCAGACUCGCAGUACAAGGCCCAGGCUCGCAGUACAAGGCCCAGGCUCGCAGUACAAGGCCCAGACUCGCAGUACAAGGCCCAGGCUCGCAGUACAAGGCCCAGGCUCGCAGUACAAGGCCCAGGCUUUCAGUACAAGGCCCAGGCUCGCAGUACAAGGCCCAGGCUUUCAGUACAAGGCCCAGGCUCGCAGUACAAGGCCCAGGCUCGCAGUACAAGGCCCAGGCUCGCAGUACAAGGCCCAGGCUCGCAGUACAAGGCCCAGGCUCGCAGUACAAGGCCCAGGCUUUCAGUACAAGGCCCAGGCUCGCAGUACAAGGCCCAGGCUUUCAGUACAAGGCCCAGGCUCGCAGUACAAGGCCCAGGCUUUCAGUACAAGGCCCAGGCUCGCAGUACAAGGCCCAGGCUUUCAGUACAAGGCCCAGGCUCGCAGUACAAGGCCCAGGCUUUCAGUACAAGGCCCAGGCUCGCAGUACAAGGCCCAGGCUUUCAGUACAAGGCCCAGGCUCGCAGUACAAGGCCCAGGCUCGCAGUACAAGGCCCAGGCUCGCAGUACAAGGCCCAGGCUCGCAGUACAAGGCCCAGGCUCGCAGUACAAGGCCCAGGCUUUCAGUACAAGGCCCAGGCUCGCAGUACAAGGCCCAGGCUGGUGAAAUAG